AUGUCGUCACAAAAUCUGAUAUUGGACACUUCGAUCUUACCAACAGAUAUACUAUCAUUUUCGGACGACCAUUUUUACAGGGUGGUUGAAAAAAUUGCAGGGUCAGCUGAAGCGAAGUUAUUGGAAGUUCAAGGUAUUCGAAGUGUAUAUUCGUUUUUACACACAGAAGAUGUGUUUAGUAUUCUUUCGCUUUCCUGUUCAGCAUUAAGAGAUAUAAAAAGACAAAUUUGUUUCGAAGCCGACGAUCUUAGUUAUAUGAUUAAACCAGGUUGUCGUGGCAGCAUUCGAUAUCUUUAUAAACUGCUUCAUCAAAAGCAUGAAGAACAUCAAAAAAACAUUACAUUAAAAUUUAAACGGAAUAAACAAUCAAAUUCUCCAGAAAACAGUCAGCCUAUUCACGAUCUUUCACAAGAUUCAUCUCAAGCUGGUUCAAUAUCUUCUCAUCAACAGCUUCUAACAACAGCAGAUUCUAUUAAUAAACUCAAUCAUUAUAGCUCCAUGAUCAGUAUGUUGAGUGAAUGGUUUGACAAAUAUUGUCAAACAAUAAAUGUUUCAGUCGGUGCAUUAACCGAAAAUGAAGAUUUUCAACUCUUCAUUGUUUCUAAUGGAACAGACGAAGAAGCAUCUAUAUCUUGUUCAUGUGGCAUUAAAGUGCAACUAACAAAAAAUCAUCAAACAUUCUCAUUAAAUGACGAAGGAUUUCAAUAUAUUUCAAUGACUGCAAUAACUCAAUCUUCAGAUUCUAGUAUUGUUAUUGGUAAUACUGCAGAUACAAUUCAAUCAUCUAAACGAUCAAUUGGUGUACAUAAUAAAGGUGUACAAAAAAAACAACGAACUAAAAGAUAA